GCGAGAGCUCUCCUCUCUCCUCUCCCAACAUCCCCGACCGAUCGAGCAUCAAAGCUCUCCAAACCCUUCGGCUUCGAUUUCUCGUCCAUGAAAACCCUUGGAUCUCCCGCCAACGGCUUGAAAACGCCGUCGACGAUCUCCGAUCUGAGAGAUCUGGCCAGUUCUCAGACCGAGGAUCUCAAGAAGUUCCUCGAUCUCUCCCACUCCGAGGUUCUGAAGGAGGUUGAGGCUUCGAAGACCAGGAUCUCCAAGCGAUUCAAGAUCCAGACACAAGCAUGUAUGCAGCUAACAGAGGAGAUAGAGAAAGACUUUAACAAGAUAUCUGAUAGAAUAAGUGAAAAUACAGAAGUUGUAAAGGAUUCUUAUAUGAAGAUCACCUCAGAAGUACAAGCAUCUACAUCUCGUGUAUCCAAGGUGAUGAUUCCUGAGCUUGCACAAUCUCUGGAGAACAGUAUUGAAGGGCUGCGCAGCCGCUAUAAGAUUGGUGGAACGCCAAUUUCUUUACGUACUCGCUAAAUGCAUUAAGCAGGAAAACGGAGACUAUAUGCUGAUGUUCAACUGGAGAUCACUUAGUAUGUGAGUUUGCUGAUGAAUCAACGACUGCUGUGCGAGUCAGAUUGAAUACUAUGUAAAGUGACAAACAGACUUCAAAUUUGUUUUUCAUGUUAAGACUCUCAAAGACACUAUAUAGUUGGAAACCAAUAUGGUAUUUCGCACCUUAAUGAAUUCACUCCAAUAACAUCUUUAA